AUGCCUCCUGCACCCGUUAAGAUGAAGAAGACCUCAGCUGCAAAGGAACGGCCUCCUCCCCCGCCGUACUCCACAUUUCAGAUAGGCUCAGAUGAAAAGACUGAACCAGUACCGUUCACCAUUUUAGCAAUUAAUGUUAAUGGCAUAAGGUCGGCCUUCUCCAAGGGCCUCAAGGACUUUAUACACAAAAAGAACCCCGAUAUAGUGUGCUUUUCAGAGACAAAGCUGGGUUCGUCCGCCUUUGCCGCAUUCAUGGAGAAGGAGGCCACCAGGGAUCCAGACACGGGGGUGUACACCGUGAUGAAGGGGUAUAAGCACGUUUUCUGCUGCUCUACCGCCAAGCAAGGGUAUGCAUCCACUGCUAUGUUCGCCAAAGAGUCUGUUCCUGUCUUAGACCUGUGUAUGCAGAUGGGAGACCCGGAGUUCGAUUCUGAGGGUCGCUUUUUGCACGUUAGCCUUCCAUCAUUCGAGCUCAUCCAUGUGUACGCCCCUAACUCCGGUCGCGGCUCAAGUGGGAAAGCGUUUACUUCCAAGAACAGGCCCGCCAAUCUUUCCACACGUAUAAAGUAUGAGAAGCUGAUAUCCAAGUACAUAGGAAACCUAGUUGCUGCAGGAAAGGAUGUUGUCUACUGCGGAGACCUAAACGUUGCACACAAUGAAAUAGAUCUCUAUAACCCGAAGAGCAACCACUUCAGUCCCGGGUUUACCGAUGAAGAGCGUAACGCGUUCAGCAAGCUAUUGGAUGGACACGGUCUGAUAGAUGCAUUUAGAGCUAUGCAUCCUCACCGGAUUAACUAUAGCUGGUUUAGCAACUUUGGACGUGCACGAGAACAGAAGCAUGGGUGGCGGAUAGAUUACUUUGUGGUUACAAGUAAGAUAUUUAAACGUGUAACGACGGUGGACAUCUUAGACGAUUAUAAUAGCUAUAGUGACCAUGUUCCCAUUAUAAUGACGCUCACGGGGAUCUAG